UGAAUGAUAGGGAGGGACUGAACACUGAGCCUGCUGCUUAUUUCACAGCAGCUGAGGCAAGAGGGAUUGAGCACUGCUCUCCUCACUCCCAACUCUCAAUUAUUCAGCCUUACCAGAUUCUCAACACAGCGAUUACGAGUCUUUUCUAUCAUGCACUGUCACACGCAGGUGCCGAAGGAUCAUUAAUCACCAUGAAAGCCACUUUCGUUCAUUCACUGAAUAGGCCUUUGGCAGUUUAUGAUGUGACGGCGAGGGUGUAAGGUGGCACCAUGGCUGUGAUGAUACCACCAGUAAAACUUAAAUGGUUGGAGCAUCUCAACAGCUCCUGGAUCGCUGAGGACAGCGAGUCCAUCUCCACCCGUGAAGGCGUUGCUCUGCUGUAUGGCAAGCUGCUGGCCAAUAAGGAGGUGGUUCUUCUCCCUCAGCAGGUGCUAUGUUUGAAGGGCCCUCAGCUACCGGACUUUGAGCGAGAGUGUCUGUCCAGCGAUGAACAGGAGCAUUAUCUUGACGCGCUGCUGGCCAGUCAGCUGGCUCUGGCCAAGACAGUGUGCUCGGACUCCCCCUUUGCCACAGCCCUACGUAAACGCUUGCUGGUCCUGCAGCGGGUUUUUUAUGCACUUGCCAGCAAAUACCAUGACAAGGGCAAGGUCAAACAGCAACAGCACUCUACUGAAAAUACUCUGGGUUCUGCGGACUUGCAAGCAGUUAACGAGAGGCCGCGCUCUAGUACAGAUGCCCUCAUUGAGAUGGGCGUGCGAACAGGUCUUAGCUUGCUGUUUGCCUUGCUCAGGCAAAGCUGGACGCUUCCUCCGGCCGGUCCAGGGAUCAAUCUCUGCAAUGAUGUCAUCACCACAGCCAUUGAAGUGGUGGGCUCUCUUCCACCACUCUCCUUGGCCAACGAGAGCAAGAUUCCACCAAUGGGUUUGGACUGCCUGGCACAAGUCACCACGUUUCUGAAAGGGGUGACCAUGCGGAACUCCGGGGCCGAUGUGGUGGGGAGGAGGCUGGCAUGUGAGCUGCUGCUGGGCUUGGCAGCGCAACGAGGGUCGCUGCGCUACCUGCUGGAGUGGGUUGAGAUGGCCCUGGCUGCGUCGGCCGGUGUCAGCAGCCUGGAGCAGAGCCAGGAGGGGCUGAUGGGAUAUGACUGCUUCAUGAACAUUCUGAUGCAGAUGAGACGUUCACUGGGUUCAUCUGCUGAUCGAAGCCAGUGGAGGGAACCGACCCGCACGCCUGAUGGACUCUGUUCACUAUAUGAGGCGGCACUCUGUUUGUUUGAGGAGGUGUGUCGCAUGGCUUCAGACUACUCGAGAACUUGUGCGAGUCCAGACAGCAUCCAGGCGGGUGAGGCGGCGAUGGUAUCUGAGACCUGUGAGGUCUAUGUGUGGGGCAGCAACAGCAGCCACCAGCUUGUAGAGGGCACUCAAGAGAAAAUCCUCCAGCCCAAACUAGCUCCCAGCUUCAGCGAUGCACAAACGAUUGAAGCUGGCCAAUACUGCACAUUCGUCAUCUCCUCGGAUGGUUCAGUCCGAGCGUGUGGAAAGGGCAGCUAUGGUCGCCUGGGACUGGGUGACUCAAACAACCAGUCCACUCUUAAAAAGCUGACCUUUGAACCUCACCGUGCCAUUAAGAAAGUAUCAUCAUCCAAAGGCUCAGACGGCCACACGUUAGCCUUCACCAGUGAGGGGGAGGUGUUCAGCUGGGGUGACGGAGAUUAUGGCAAACUGGGUCACGGCAACAGCUCUACCCAGAAAUACCCCAAACUAAUACAGGGCCCUCUACAAGGAAAGGUGGUAGUUUGUGUUUCAGCAGGAUAUAGACACAGUGCUGCAGUCAGUGAGGAUGGAGAACUCUACACUUGGGGAGAGGGCGACUUUGGCAGAUUAGGUCAUGGUGACAGUAACAGUAGGAACAUUCCCACGCUAGUUAAAGACAUCAGUAAUGUGGGUGAAGUGUCCUGUGGAAGCUCCCACACCAUUGCGCUGUCUAAAGAUGGACGUACAGUCUGGUCAUUUGGAGGCGGAGACAAUGGGAAACUAGGUCAUGGUGACACCAAUCGUGUGUAUAAACCCAAGGUAGUAGAGGCGCUACAGGGAAUGUUCAUACGCAAAGUAUGUGCUGGCAGCCAGUCAUCUCUGGCUCUCACCUCUACUGGUCAGGUGUACGCUUGGGGUUGUGGUGCGUGUCUUGGCUGUGGUUCAUCGGAGGCCACAGCUCUAAGGCCAAAGCUGAUCGAGGAACUUGCCACAACCAGAGUAGUAGACAUCUCCAUAGGAGACAGCCACUGCCUUGCUUUAUCACAUGACAAUGAAGUGUAUGCCUGGGGUAAUAACUCCAUGGGUCAGUGCGGUCAAGGGAAUUCCACCGGCCCCAUCACCAAACCCAAGAAGGUGAUUGGUUUAGAUGGAGUGGCCAUUCAGCAGAUCUCUGCUGGCACCUCCCACAGCCUGGCAUGGACUGCCCUCCCAAGAGACAGGCAGGUGGUGGCCUGGCAUAGGCCCUACUGUGUGGACCUGGAAGAAAGCACUUUCUCUCACCUCCGCUCGUUUCUGGAACGAUACUGUGAUGGCAUCAACAACGAGAUCCCACCGCUGCCUUUCCCAUCUUCCAAGGAGCAUCAUAACUUCUUGAAACUAUGUCUACGGCUCUUGUCCAAUCACCUGGCUCUAGCUCUGGCGGGGGGCGUGGCCACCAGUAUCUUGGGACGGCAAGCGCGGCCACUCCGCAAUCUGCUUUUCAGACUUAUGGAUGCGUCAGUGCCUGAUGAAAUCCAGGAGGCUGUCAUUGAGACUCUCUCUGUGGGAGCCACAAUGCUGCUGCCUCCUCUGAGAGAGAGAAUGGAGCUUCUGCACUCGCUCCUUCCUCAAGGACCAGACCGCUGGGAGAGCCUCUCCAAAGGACAGAGGAUGCAGCUGGAUAUAAUCCUCACCAGUUUGCAGGAUCACACCCAUGUGGCAUCUCUGCUGGGGUACAGCUGUCCUCCAGAUGCCUCUGAGCCUCCCGCUCUACCUUCUGACUCUGUGCCUGGCACUCACUCUGACACACAUCCUGACACACAUUUGGCAGAGAUCCUCAUGAAAACUUUACUCAGGAACCUGGGCUUUUACACGGACCAGGCGUUUGGAGAACUGGAGAAGAACAGUGAUAAGAUCUUGCAAGGAACAUCUUCAUCUGAUAGCAGCCAACCAGCUCACCUCCAUGAACUGCUCUGCUCUUUACAGAAGCAACUACUGGCCUAUUGCCAUAUCAACUGUGUUACAGAGGGCUCCAGUAGUGUUGCGCUCCUCCAUAAACACCUGCAGUUAUUAUUGCCUCACGCCACAGAUAUCUAUAAUCGCUCUGCAACACUUUUGAGAGAAAGCUCUGGAAACGGCAGUGUGCGUGAGAAGCUACGAGAUGUGAUCUACAUGUCUGCAGCAGGCAGCAUGCUGUGUCAAAUUGUGACAUCCUUGCUGUUAUUGCCUGUUUGGGUGGCACGGCCACUGCUCAGCUACCUUUUGGACCUGCUUCCCCCACUGGACCGUCUCAACAGACUCCUGCCUGCCGCCACACAUCUUGAGGAACAGGAGCUGCAGUGGCCGCUACAUGGCUCUCCAGAUCUAGUUGAUCCGGUGUGCGUGUCAGGACCGGCGCAGUUCUGGGUGUGGUUGGUAGAUCUGGAGCGUACCGUAGCGCUGCUGGUGGGACGUUGUCUUGGAGGAAUGCUUCAGGGAGCCCCACCCUCACCAGAGGAGCAGCACACUGCCCACUGGCUCAAAACACCACUUUUCAGUAAUGGCCUAGAGACUGAUAUACCCCAGCUUGAUGCUUGUAUAAGCUCUCUGCUGGAGGUGGCUCUGUGUGGAAAUGAGGAGCAAAGACCGUUUGACUGUCAGUUGCAUGCUGACAUGAGUGUGCUGGUCGAUUUGGCCCUUGGAUCAACUAAAGAGCCCACACACAGCCUGUGGACAAACAUGCAGGACUAUGCCAUCAGCAAGGAUUGGGACAGUUCGUCACUGCCAAAUGAGGCUCUGUUAGACACAGUGUCCCGUUUUGUACUUGCUGUCCUGCUGAAACACACAGGGCUGCUGGGACAGGCGUGUGGAGAGGGGAGAUAUCAGCCAUGUAAACUGUUGGCAGAGGUGUAUCGCAGUGUGUAUAAGGUGCGGAAUCGCCUCUUGGCUUGCAAGAACAUGGAGCUCAUCCAGACUCGCUCGUCAUCACGAGAACGCAGAAUCUCUGAUAACGUGGACUCUGUGGAGAUGGACCCUCAGGAACACUCUUUCACCCGAACUAUAGAUGAGGAGGCUGAACUGGAGGAGAGAGACCGAGAGAGGGAAAGGGAGGAAGGACACCAGGAGCAGGAAGAUGAUGAGGAGGAAAGAGAGCAUGAGGUCAUGACCGCAGGAAAAAUCUUUCAAUGUUUCCUAUCAGCACGGGAGGCAGCGAGAGGAAGGGAACGAGAUCGUACCGGAAGCAUGAGCGUACAGGAAGAGCCGGCUCAGCCCGGUCCCGAGCGCAGGAGCAGCACAACUCCUCAGGAGGGACAGGAUCUUUACACAACCGCGUGUAAUGCCGUCAUCCACCGCUGCGCAAUGCUCCUGCUGGCCGUCAGCACGCCGCUCGCUCAACACAUCAGUCAGCAGCCCCUGACAGGUGGGGGCAACCAGGACGGUGGCGGGUUUAUGCCGAGGAGCGAGAGCUUGUCAGCAGAGAGUCGGUCCAUCCAGAGCAGUCCCAGCUACAGACUCACAAAAUCCAGGAGUGAGUCUGAUCUCUCCCAGCCAGAGUCUGAUGAGGAGGGAUACUCACUGAAUGCAAGAAGGAAUGUGGAUCUGGAUUUAGCUUUCACUCCUAAAAAAAGAGGUUUUCUCUACAGUUCUCCAGACUCUUCUGCUGAUUGGUUUGGGGGACGCUCAGCCCGUGAAUGUUUGUACAGCUCUCAACAGUCGUACGAGGAGUCAGACCUCGAUCUGAGCCAAUCACUCAGGCUCCAUGCUCUCAUCGAGAAUAUAGUGAACUUCAUCAGUGGAGAUGUUGGGAAUGCUCCAGCGUUCAAGGAACCAGAAGAGAGUGUGUCCACCAGCCCACAGGCCAUUAUUAUAGCCGUGGAGCAGCAGCAGAGCCGAGCGGAGUUGCGUCUGGAAGCCCUUCAUCAGAUUGUGGUGUUGAUUUCUGGGAUGGAGGAAAAAAGCAGCCAAGCAGGCUCUGGAGGUGGAGGUGGAGCUGGACGCACAAGCCUCAGUUUUCACUCUGCCUCUCUGCUAACAUCGGUCAGACUGCAGUUCCUGUCGGGAUGUUUCGGCCUGGGUGCCGUCAGUAAUGGGGGGCCAAAGGGGGAGAGUGUCCAGCUACACCAUUACCAGGAUGGAAUCAGAGCAGCCAAGAAAAGUUUACAGAUGGACAUUCAGACAGCUGUGCAUAAGAUAUAUCAGCAGCUGUCGGUCACAUUAGAGAGAGCCCUACAAGCUAACAAGCACCACAUAGAGGCCCAGCAGAGGCUGCUAUUGGUGACAGUCUUUGCUCUAAGUGUGCGAUACCAGCCGGUCGAUGUAUCUUUAGCUAUCUCCAGUGGCCUUUUAGAUGUUCUCUCGCAGCUUUGUGGAACUGAAACCCUACUUGGACAGACACUGCAACUCCUGCACAAGCCUGCUGGCUCUCAGCUCAGCACUGCCCUCAAAGUGGCCAGCACCAGAUUGCUACAGAUACUAGCCAUCAGCACCGGGACAUAUGCGGACAGGUUGAGUCCUAAGGUGGUCCAGUCCCUGUUGGAUCUCCUGUGUAGUCAGCUGAAGACUCUGCUGGCUCAGGCUGCUGGAAGCACACUCAGUGCAAGUACAGAACUGCAGGAGAAAACGGACGACUGCGCAGAUGCUCAGAAAAAAGAUUUUCGAGCAUUGUUACGCAAGACACACACCGCAGAGCUGCACCUUGGAGACUUCUUGGUGUUUUUGCGGCGUGUCGUCUCUUCCAAAGCAAUCCAGUCCAAGAUGGCCUCUCCUAAAUGGACUGAAGUCCUUCUCAACAUUGCUGCUCAGAAAUGCUGUUCAGGCAUUCCAUUGGUUGGAAAUUUGAGGACACGGCUGUUAGCCCUGCAUGUUCUGGAAGCUGUACUUCCUGCCUGUGAGAGCAGUGUGGAGGACCAUCAGAUGACCCAGGUGGUGGAGAGGUUGUUCUCGCUGCUCUCGGACUGUAUGUGGGAGGCACCUGUUGCUCAAGCAAAGCACACCAUCCAGCUAAAAGAGCGAGAGCAGGAACUCAAACUACAGGGUGAGACAGAAGAGGAAGAAGAAAAUUUGCCUAUCCAGGAAGUGACCUUUGACCCUGAGAAGGCUCAGUGCUGUGUGGUGGAAAGCGGACAGGGACUGACACAUGGCAGUGGGGGCAAAGGUUACGGACUGGCCUCCACUGGCAUUUCUUCUGGCUGUUACCAGUGGAAGUUCUAUAUCGUGAAGGAGAAUCGUGGAAACGAGGGAACGUGUGUGGGUGUUUCACGCUGGCCCGUUCAUGAUUUCAACCACCGCACAACAGCAGACAUGUGGCUCUACCGCGCAUACAGUGGCAACCUCUACCAUAAUGGAGAACAGACCCUCACGCUGUCCAGCUACACACAGGGAGACUACAUCACCUGUGUGCUGGACAUGGAGGCGAGGACUGUGUCCUUUGGCAAGAAUGGAGAGGAACCCAAACUGGCCUUUGAAGAUGUUGAUGCUACAGAGCUCUACCCUUGUGUCAUGUUCUACAGCAGCAACCCAGGAGAGAAGGUAAAAAUCUGUGACAUGCAGAUGAGGGGCACACCACGUGACCUGUUACCUGGCGACCCGAUCUGUAGCCCUGUAGCAACUGUCCUCGCAGAAGCUACUACCCAGCUUGUCCGGAUCUUACACCGCUCGGAGCGCUGGACCCAAACCAUCAACCACAGCAUCCUCCAACGCCUCCAGCAGAUCAGGGGCUGUCUGCGAGAAGGAGCUUCUCCGGCAGGGGCCACCAGACUGCGCAAGAGCCGCUCAGCACAGAGCCGAGAGGAGCAGGACGAGAAGGAGGAAGAGCGAGAGGAGGAGAGAGGAAGAAGCGGACGGCACACUGCGGCAGAGCUGUCGGAGGCACACCUGCGGACGCUGUGCCACCAGGUGUGGCCGGUGUUAGCUGUGAUAGGGGGAGUAGAUGGUGGGUUGAGGAUGGGGGGACGGUGUGUGCACAAGCAGACGGGGAGACACGCCACUCUGCUGGGUGUGGUGAAGGAGGGGAGCACAUCAGCUAAGGUGCAGUGGGAUGAGGCGGAGAUUACCAUCAGCUUCCCCACUUUUUGGUCGCCCAGUGACACGCCGUUGUACAACUUGGAGCCGAUAGAGCCCCUUCCCUUUGACGUUUCUCGUUUCCGCGGACUCACUGCGGCUCUGCUUCUGGACCUCACUGCCCUUGCCAGCCUGCAGGACGACAGCUCCAAAUCCAGCUCUAACCGCCGGCAUGAACGAAGACACCGGCACGAACCCCAGGAAGAACGAGAUAACGAAUCACGGGCCAAACCAAAAGAAGGUGCGGGAGACCUGCGUGUAUCUCACAGCUUAGAUGAGGUUCGAGCUCGUGCACCGCCCAACUCUCGCUCUGAGAGCGAGUUGGCUGCCUACACACAGGAUGCCACACAGCAGACUCCAGCAGAGGGACGCCGCAGACUGCAGGAGAUGGUGGGGACAAGGGGGAGCUCGCAGGAGGCGGCUGCGCAGGUGGAGGUACAUGCGGUACAGCUGUCGUAUCUGUAUCUGGGAGCGAUGAAGACCCUGAGUGUACUUCUGAGCUGUAGUAAAUACGCAGAACUGCUGCUUAUCCCCAAAGUGAUGCCUGAUAGUGGCCAUAAUGCAGAUUGUGCCAGCCCUGGGGUCAGCGUGUGUCAGGAGGAGGCGGAGCUGCGAUCAGCUCUGCAGUUUCUGAUGCGACACAUGGUGAAGCGGGCAGUUAUGAGGUCACCCAUCAAAAGGGCGCUUGGGCUGGCAGACCUUGAGCGGGCACAGGCUAUGAUCUACAAACUGGUGGUCAAUAGCCUACUUGAAGAACAGGAGGGCCAUAGUUCCAAACCAGUGGACACAGAGUGUGAGGAGUUAGAGGGAGAGCAACAGUUUCAGACUCCGGUCACCACCUCCCCCUCAGCUUCCAGCAGCACCUCCUUCAUGAGCUCCUCGCUGGAGGACACCACCACAGCUACCACACCCGUUACCACAGCAACCACACCUGUUACAGAUGCCGAGACUGCACCGGCUUCUGAAUCACCUGGAGUGAUGCCCCUCAGCCUGCUCAGGCAGAUGUUCUCCAGCUACCCGACAACGACCUUGCUGCCAGCGCGUAGAGCUCAGACCCCUCCCGUCUCAUCACUGCCCACCUCGCCAUCAGACGAGCACGGCCGGAGACAGAGCCUUACAUCACCUGAGUCCCAGCCUGCCAGAACCACCAGUAGGACAGCAUUAUCAGACCCCAGCAGUCGUCUCUCCACAUCUCCACCUCCUCCUGCCAUUGCGGUUCCACUGUUGGAAAUGGGAUUCUCACUCAGACAGAUCAUGAAAGCUUUGGAAGCAACAGGUGCACGUGGUGAGGCAGAUGCUCAAAACAUCACUGUGCUUGCGAUGUGGAUGAUCGACCAUCCGGGCACGGCAGAAUCUGAGGAGGCUUCAGACCCCUGCUCCGGGGCAGCAGGAGGGGGUAAGAGCACAGAGAGGAGUUGCCUGCGCUCACCGGGAGACAUCCCCAACGCUGAUGCUGCGGAGAUGGAGGAGGGAUUCAGUGACAGUCCUGAAGGUCUUGAUCAAGAUUCGGCCUCUGCCUCUGCAGGCCCCACUCCCAGAGGACGCUCUGCAGCCAGCAGGAAACACCGUUUUGACCUCGCUGCACGCACUUUACUAGCUCGUGCAGCUGGACUGUACCGCUCAGUGCAGGCACAUCGAACUCAAGCCCGUCGAGAAGGCUCUGGACUGCAGCAGGAGUCUGGGCCUCUUGGUGCACUGUACGACUUCAAUCUGGAUGAAGAGCUGGAGCUGGAAUUGGAUCAGGAAGCCAUGGAGGCCAUGUUCACCCAGGAGCUGGCAUCCGACUCUGACAUUCUGGGAAUGUGGAUCCCGGAGGUACUGGACUGGCCAACAUGGCAUGUGUGUGAGUCGGAGGACCGGGAUGAGGUGGUCGUGUGUGAGCUGUGUGGGGUCAGCGUGUCCAGCUUCAACCAGCACAUGAAGAAGAGUCACCCGGGCUGCGGUCGCAGUGCCAAUCGUCAGGGUUACCGCAGCAAUGGCUCCUAUGUUGACGGCUGGUUCGGAGGGGAGUGUGGAAGCGGGAAUCCCUAUUACCUGCUCUGUGGCAGCUGCAGAGAGAAAUACCUCAACAUGAAGAGCAAGAUCAAAGGACCGCUGCCUGAGAGGUAUAAAGGUCAAGCCCCAGACCUGUUGGGAAAGCAAGACAGUGUAUAUGAAGAGGACUGGGAUAUGUUGGAUGUAGACGAUGCAGAGCGUCUGACUGGCGAGGAGGAGUUCGAGUUACUCUCUGCUCCGCUGGGUCUUAGUGAGCGCAGACCUGUUCCUGAGGCUGUCCAUUUUCCCGACACCGACCCUCUCGGAGCCUCUGUUGCCAUGGUCACUGCCACCAACAGCAUGGAGGAGACUCUCUUGCAGAUAGGUUGCCAGAGCUCAGUGGAUAAGAGUUCAUCAGGACGGUUGUCUUUGGGGGAGCAGGCGGCAGGACUCCAGACGUCUGCUGAUCGCCUUGUGGCUCUGAAAAGAGUCACUGCAGCUGCACAAGUCUUGUUGGCCAGAACAAUGGUCAUGAGAGCUCUGUCCCUGCUGUCAGUUAGCGGAUCUAGUUGCAGUCUAGCAGCAGGAUUGGAGUCUCUGGGCUUGACAGACAUUAGGACUCUGGUGCGUCUGAUGUGUUUGGCUGCAGCAGGUAGAGCUGGACUGUCCACAGGCCUUGCAUUAGGCCCUGGAUCCUCUGAGCGCCCACGAGGGGCUAGCAAGCCUACCAAACCCAUCUCUUGUUUAGCAUACCUCAGUACCGCCGUCGGCUGUCUGGCAUCAAACAGCCCCAGCGCUGCCAAACUCCUGGUCCAGCUGUGCACACAGAAUCUGAUAUCAGCUGCCACCGGGAUGAAUCUGACCACAGUAGAUGAUCCAAUCCAGAGAAAGUUCUUGCCCAGUUUCCUGAGAGGAGUAGCAGAAGAGAACAAGCUUGUAACAUCACCCAAUUUUGUGGUGACUCAGGCACUAGUUGCCCUGCUUGCCGAUAAAGGUGCCAGGCUUCGACACGGAUAUGACAAGGCUGAACUGGAAAAAAGAGGGUUAAUGUCGCCUCUCUAUGCCCACCUCUCCUGUGCCCCCCUUGCUGUAGGCCCAUUGGAGCUGGCAAAUGCGCUGGCGGCGUGCUGCCUCUCAUCUCGACUCUCGUCGCAGCACCGCCAAUGGGCCGCGCAGCAGCUGGUGCGCACACUGGCGGCUCACGACCGAGACAAUCAGAGCCGCCCGCAGACCUUCGCCGAUGUAGCAGGAGACCUGCGGAAGUGGUCCACUUUCAGACUCGAGGCCCACCAGAGCAGGGUGAUCACAUGUGGGUGGUGUAGUAAAAAAGGACUUCUAGCAACAAGCGGGAAUGAUGGGACCGUCCGCGUUUGGAGCGUGGCCAAAAACCAGUACACUCUGCAGCAGACAUGUGUCUUUAACAAAGCAGAUGAUACUUCAGAGGAGUGUAUGAAUAAUCUAGGGUCACCAGGUGAUCCAAACUUGGCUCCAGUGGCCUGGAGUGUCAGUGGGAUGUACUUGGCUGCUGCCAUGGAGAAAAUAGUGAACAUUUGGCAAGUCAAUGGUGGGAAGGCCUCAUUGGACGUGCAGCCUCACUGGGUGUCAUCAUUAGCUUGGCCGGAAGAGGAGGCGGGGUCUCUGUGGGGCGGGGAGCCUCGAGAGGUGCUAUUGGUGGGUCGCAUGGAUGGGACAUUGGGACUUCUUGAGGUUCUUGAUGAUUCUGAUAUGCAGAGAACUGAACUCCAACACUGCUUCAGGAAAGACGUGGCCGUGAUGCAAAUCGCAUGGUACAGCGAGGACCGGCCCUUUGCAGUUGGAUAUGCUGAUGGAAGGCUUCUGAUUGGCUCUAAGGAGCCUUUAGAGAAUGGAUCUGUGGUGGUUAUUGAUGCCCAUAAGGAAAGCAUCAGUUCAUUGCGCUGGGCUCCAGGUGGGCAAGUGUUAAUAAGCUGUGCUAAAGAGGAGAUUGUGCGUCUGUGGACAGGGUCGGGGACAGGUUUGGGCCAAAGCUGGACAUGUCUGCAAAGUAUCGCCCACCCUGCUGUUGUCAAUGCUGUUGCCUGGUGCAACCUGCCUGGUCAAGGACCUAAACCUCUCAACAUGUUUGCCACAUGUUGUCAGAACGGCCUUGUAUCUGUGUGGACGGUACCGCAGGACCCUUCGUCAUACUCACAGUCCAACAUUGCCUGCCCUGAUGCAUGGUGGGAAUCAGAACCAAAAUCCAAACUGAUGCUGGACCCUCAGCGGUGUGAAGGAGCAGUGUGUGUGUUCCUGCUGCGGGGUCAUAUGACUCCUGUGCGGACAGUGGCGUUCAGUCCAGAUGGGCUAGCUUUGGUGUCUGGAGGGGUUGGUGGACUUUUGAACAUCUGGUCAUUGCGGGAUGGAUCAGUGCUGCAAACAGUAGUUGCAGGAUCUGGAGCUAUUCACAACACAGUUUGGAUCCCUGACGUGGGUGUAGCUGUCUGCUCCAAUCGCUCAAAGGAUGUGCUGGUUGUUAAUAGCUCAGCAGAGUUUAUGGCAAACAAUCACGUAUUAGCAACCUGCCGCACGGCGCUGAAGAAGCAGGGCGUUGUGGGACUGAAUAUGGCUCCGUGCAUGAGAGCCUUCCUGGAGAGACUUCCCAUCAUGCUUCAGGAGCAGUACGCAUAUGAGAAGCCUCAUGUGGUGUGUGGGGAGCAGCUCAUCCACAGUCCUUACAUGCAGUGUCUGGCGUCUCUGGCGGUGGGUCUGCAGCUGGACGCUCUAUUGUGUCAUCCUCCUGUCCCACCUCAUCUGGCCCUCUGCCCACCUGAGCCUGGCUCCUCCUCCGCCCCCUCCCCUGGAUCCUGGGCCAGCAGUGAGUGGGCGUGGCUCCACUGCUUCUCCACCACCGUCAAAACGGCUGAGGCCCUUGUGCGCGGACACACCUUUCCUGAGUCUUUUAUCGUGCCGGACCUGGAGCCCGUGGCCAAGGACAAACUGGCACUGCUUAUGGACAACAGCAAGUGGGUGUCUGGGAUAGAUGAGCAGAUCAUGUCUUGGGCCACUUCCAGACCAGAGGACUGGCACCUCGGAGGGAAGUGUGACGUGUUUUUAUGGGGUGCUGGCAGGCAUGGACAGCUUGCAGAGGCUGGGCGAAACAUUCUGGUGCCAACUCUUGCUCCCUCUUUUUCUCAGGCCCAACAGGUUGUGUGUGGGCAGAACUGCACAUUUGUGAUCCAAGCUAACGGGACGGUGUCUGCAUGUGGAGAGGGCAGUUAUGGCCGCCUCGGACAAGGAAACUCAGACGAUCUGCACGUUCUCACUGUUAUAUCUGCCCUGCAAGGAUUUGUGGUGACCCAGCUGGUAACGUCCUGUGGGUCUGAUGGCCAUUCGAUGGCUCUAACUGAGAGUGGUGAGGUGUUCAGCUGGGGAGAUGGAGAUUAUGGAAAACUGGGCCAUGGCAACAGUGACAGACAGCGCAGACCGCGGCAGAUAGAAGCGUUGCAGGGAGAGGAGGUGGUGCAGAUGUCGUGCGGAUUCAAGCACUCAGCUGUGGUGACUGCAGAUGGAAAGCUCUUCUCCUUUGGUAAUGGAGACUAUGGCAGACUGGGACUUGGAAACACUUCUAACAAAAAGUUACCAGAGAGAGUCAGCGCACUGGAGGGCCACCAGGUCGGCCAGGUCGCUUGUGGGCUAAAUCACACUUUGGCAGUAUCGGCUGAUGGUAUGACCGUCUGGGCGUUUGGAGAUGGAGAUUAUGGCAAACUGGGGUUGGGAAACUCGACAGCCAAAUCUUCCCCACAGAAAGUGGAUGUUUUGUGUGGAAUUGGAAUAAAGAAGGUGGCAUGUGGCACGCAGUUCUCAGUUGCUCUAACCAAAGAUGGAAAUGUGUACACGUUUGGGCAGGAUCGUUUGAUUGGUCUGCCGGAGGGUCGAGCUCGAAAUCAUAACCGGCCUCAGCAGGUCCCUGCUUUAAUGGGUGUGUUUAUAGAGGAUGUGGUUGUUGGUGCCGAGCACACGCUUUCACUCUCUUCAACUGGAGAUGUUUACGCCUGGGGGAGCAACUCAGAGGGACAGCUGGGCUUGGGCCACACCAACCAUGUCAGAGAGCCGACCCUCAUCAGUGCUUUACAAGGCAAAAACAUCCAGCAGAUAUCUGCCGGCCGUUGCCACAGUGCAGCAUGGACUGCACCGCCUGUACCACCACGUGCUCCAGGUUCAUCAGUGCCUCUGCAGCUGGGCUUGCCCGUGUGUGUGCCUCCUCAGUACAGUGCCCUAAGAGAGGUCAGUAUGGAGGCUCUGAGGGCCCGACUGCGCCUGCUCUACCACUUCUCUGACCUCAUGUACUCCUCAUGGAGACUGCUGAACCUCAGCCCCAACAACCAGAGCUGCACAUCACGCUAUAAUGCAGGUACGUGGGGUAUAGUCCAGGGUCAGCUGAGGCCCCUGCUGGCCCCCAGAGUUUACACACUGCCCAUGGUGCGCUCCAUCGGAAAAACCAUGGUGCAGGGGAAGAACUACGGCCCACAGAUCACAGUCAAAAGAAUCUCUACGCGAGGGAGGAAGUGUAAACCCAUCUUUGUGCAGAUUGCUAGGCAGGUGGUGAAACUGAACGCAUCUGAUCUGAGGCUGCCGUCACGAGCCUGGAAAGUCAAGCUCGUGGGGGAGGGGGCAGAUGAUGCUGGAGGGGUGUUUGACGACACAAUCACAGAGAUGUGCCAGGAGCUGGAGACAGGAGUGGUGGACCUUCUUAUCCCUUCUCCCAACGCUGCAGCAGAGGUGGGCUACAACCGAGACAGGUUCUUGCUGAAUCCUUCAGCCUGUCUGGAAGAGCAUCUGCUGCAGUUCAAGUUCCUGGGUAUUCUGAUGGGAGUGGCCAUCCGCACUAAGAAGCCUCUAGACCUGCAUCUCGCUCCAAUGGUGUGGAAGCAGCUGUGCUGUAUUCCUCUCACCCUUGAGGAUCUGGAGGAAGUGGAUUUGCUCUACGUACAGACACUCAACAGCAUCUUGCACCUGGAGGACAGCGGCAUCACAGAGCAGAACUUCCAUGAGAUGAUUCCACUGGAUUCAUUUGUUGGCCAAAGUGCUGAUGGGAAAAUGGUUCCCAUCAUCCCUGGAGGAAACAGCAUACCGCUGACCUUUUCCAAUAGGAAGGAGUAUGUAGAGCGUGCCAUUGAGUAUCGCCUGCAUGAAAUAGAUCGCCAGGUGGGGGCGGUGCGCGAGGGCAUGUCCUGGAUCGUCCCUGUUCCCUUGCUCUCCUUACUAACAGCGCGGCAGCUGGAGCAGAUGGUCUGCGGGCUGCCGGAGAUCAGCGUGGAGGUUCUGAAGAAGGUGGUCCGGUACAGGGAGGUGGAUGAGCAGCAGCAGCUGGUCCAGUGGUUCUGGCAGACGCUGGAGGAGUUCUCCAAUGAGGAGAGAGUGCUCUUUAUGCGCUUCGUCUCGGGACGCUCCCGUCUGCCAGCUAACACUGCUGACAUAUCCCAGAGGUUCCAGAUCAUGAAGGUGGACCGGCCAUACGACAGUCUUCCCACCUCUCAGACGUGCUUCUUCCAGCUCCGCCUCCCACCUUACUCUAGCCAACCGGUCAUGGCGGAGAGGCUGCGUUAUGCUAUUAAUAACUGCCGUUCUAUCGACAUGGACAACUACAUGCUCUCUCGUAACGUGGACAAUGCAGAGGGCUCCGACACAGAUUACUGACCUUAUGUGCACACAUAAACACAGUGUACAUUAAGACUCACUUUAGUAUUCAGUGCAGGCUUUUAUGAUUUUUAUGAUUACAUAUACAUCUUAAACACAUAAUCAAGUGUUUUUAUUUCACCUUUCAUUUCUUAGCAAUCAAGCAGAGCUUGGGUGGGCCGCACAAUCUGUUUACACAUGUACACACACACGCACGCACGUGUGUUGAUUGUAUAUUCCUUCUCUCAACUUAAUGCACAGUCUUUCUCCGCUAUUAAUUUUUUGGCUCUGCCUUUUUUUCAGGAUAUUCUGCAUGAAAGUGUUUUAUUUAAAAAAAAAAAAAAAAAAAAUGUAUAAAAUGACAAAAAAGAAUAUUGUACAUUGUGUAUAAUGCUUCAUUAGGAAAUUGUUUUACAUGAGUUUCUGUAUUUAUUUGAAUUUUUUUGAACCGCCUACACCAGGUUUCUUAUGUCAGAUGCAAUAAAUGUUUGAAUCUGAAA